GCGUAAAGUCGGAUGGUAAUUUCUACAAAAAAAUCAAACAAGCCAUGGGAGGAUCAUCGCGUACGUCCAGCCCAGAGUCACGUAGCGAUUACUACGAGUCGAAGCUGUCGAAGAGCAGCGAUUCGAGCAAAAAGUCCAAAGACAGUGUCUACCACACGGAUAGCAACAAAAAGUCGCGCGAAACGCUGAAGAGCAAAUCGGGUUCGGGCUUCAAUUCGCGUGCCUCGAGCCAGGACUCGAAGGAUUCGUUCGGGAUGGAUAUUCUGCUGACGAAGAACUACGAGAUGCCGACGACGACGAGCAAGAAGGCCAAGUUUCUCUCGAAACGGUUCGACAGCAGUUCGCGCAACUCAAGCCAGGACUCGAAGAGUGACUAUUACGAUGCCAGCGAGCAACAGCAGCUGAUGCAGCAGCAACAAAGCUCGUCGAUCAAUAUGUCCGGUGAUAUGGAUGAUAUGUCGGAUGAGAUAUACUCGCGUGCAAAGGUAACCCACUCGAUCGAGCGGAUGAGUAGUGCAGAGGAAGCUCGCGAAAGUAAGAAUGGAUCAGCAGGAGCAGCAGGUUUAGUGUCGGCUGGCAAUAGCAGCUUCUACGAUCAUCAGAUCUAUUCCUCCACUUUCCCGAGCGCACAGACGAAGCCGGCCGGUAGUGGUGGAGCGGGUAGUAGCAGCAGCAGUAGCAAAACCUCUCACGUACACUCGAUCAGCUUGCAGAACGUGGAACUGGAGCGAACCUCACGACAUGGCUAUUCGGCGUACAAGUCACCAUCGCCCGUGCUGCCACCGGCCGCCAUGCCAAAACCGAUCGACAAGCAGCCACCGAAAACGACGCACAUUUGGCCGGAAGAGAUCGAGGGGCUACCGACAACGAUCACGGAAAGCCAGCGUAUCGAUCGAUCGCGAGCAUUUCGCAAAAAGUCCGACAGCGAAAACAUCUUUAGCUUCGAUAAGGAAAAGAUCGAAUCACUCACUAGCAGCAUAAACGAUGAGACCCCCACGACGGCCAUCAUGGUGGAGUCAAAAGCGGCAAAGGUUAGCCCGGACUAUCCGCUCACACCGGAGCUGCUGUCGGAGUUUGAUAAGCAAAAGAUCGAAUCACCGCACAUUCUACCGAAGAAAACGCGCAAAGAAGAACUGAUGGCCAAGACGCACUUUGAGGAGUACACACCGAAGAUGGUGGGGCUGGAUUCGACCACGGCCAUUCCCCCGUACGCCCAUGCUACUGUGGAGCGCACGAAAUCGGAUCCCAACUCACUGGCCAAUCGACCGCGGCUUGGACCGAACUCACGCCGCCACACGUUGAUGCACCAGAAAUCGAUCGAUCUGACGCCGGCCGAUUCGAGCGAGGAAGAGUAUCUUUACAAGCAGAUCCCAAGUGCACCGCCUCUGUGCAAAUCGCACGGAAGUCACUUCGAGUUACCGCAAUCGUACGAUGUGAACGUGAUCCCGGAUGUGGUCGAGCUGCCGCGGAAUGGGUUUGAGAUGCCGAAGAGUUUCUUUAAAGAUUUCCAAGACCGUGAUCGACGAUCGCACAAAAACUCGGCCGUACUUAAGGACGAUAUCCCGUAUGUGUUGCACAAGCGGCACGUUAUGAACGGGACCGCACCAUCGCCACUGAUUGAUCUGGGUAAGGCAGGUUUAGCUGGACACCGCAGCAGCUUCGGUCCGAAGCCAAAGUCUCCGAAAUCACCGAAAUCUCCGAAAUCGCCAAAAUCACCCAAGCCGCAAGGUGGUGGGGUGAUUCUCGGUGGUGAUGAUGGCGCUGGGGGUAAGGAUAAUCUGUUGCGCGUGAAGGAUGAUUCGGAAAGGCACGAACAAUCGCGGCUACCCGAUGCACAGACAGCAGGAGAGUUGGAUGGACCGGGCUUUCUUUUCACGCAGAACAUUGAUCUGUCAAAGUUGGAUCCGGUAACGCUGGAGCUGGACAAGACGGUACAAACGGUACAGCUGGUCAGUAGUCCGAAGCGGGACAUCACAAAACGGAUGGAUCCCUUGAUGUUGGAGCAGCUGAACAGUAAGCUUAGCCAGAUCGAAAGUGACUCCGCGACGAGCUCAAAGACGGACAGUAAUGCCAUUCAGCGUAAGCUCGAACCGAAGCAGGUCGAUCUACCGUAUUUGAUCGAGAAGAAAAACGUGGAACUGGCCGUUCCGAAGCGCGUCGUCAAGACACGGGUAGCACCGAUCAAGACCAAGUGUGGCAAGAAGCGUAACGCCAAAACACGCAUUACCUCCUUCUCGUCGGAUGACGAAAGUAUCGAUUCGGAUGAUGUUUUUGGUUCCGCCGAAGCGAUGCCAACGAAGCUGGAAUUUUCACCACCACAAUCACGGAAAGAGAUCGAACCGAUCUUGAAGCACGAAUCGAGUAAAAUGGCUUCGAAUGCUUGGGCCCGCGGACAGACGAUGAGCUCGACCGAGAUCGAAGGUUCACCGCCACAGUGUCGUCGGUUGGCCGAGCUCGAGAGCCGGUACCACACGGUGAAGCUAGAAACGACUCAGCUGAC